GGGGCGUGUGUGUGUGAUAUAAUGGAAGCUCGCGCUUCAUCUUCUUCGCGUCGAUCCAUUUUCAUCAACAAGAACUAGAAGCCUUUUUCUCCCUUCAAUCUCGUAGAAGAACAAGAAGAUACCAUGAGAGAGAUUCUUCACGUUCAGGGUGGCCAAUGCGGCAACCAAAUCGGAUCCAAGUUCUGGGAAGUCAUCUGCGAUGAGCACGGCAUCGACGCCACCGGAAAGUACAACGGCGAUCCUUCCUCCGAUCUUCAAUUGGAGAGGAUCAAUGUCUAUUACAAUGAGGCUUCUGGCGGUAGAUACGUUCCCAGGGCUGUUCUCAUGGAUCUUGAGCCCGGUACUAUGGACAGUAUCAGAUCCGGUCCCUACGGUCAGAUCUUUCGCCCCGAUAAUUUCGUUUUUGGCCAGUCCGGUGCCGGAAACAAUUGGGCCAAGGGCCAUUACACCGAAGGAGCCGAGUUGAUCGAUUCGGUUCUUGACGUCGUUCGUAAGGAGGCUGAGAAUUGUGAUUGCUUGCAAGGUUUUCAGGUUUGUCACUCCCUUGGAGGAGGCACUGGUUCUGGCAUGGGAACCCUCUUGAUAUCGAAGAUUAGAGAGGAAUAUCCGGACAGGAUGAUGCUCACAUUCUCAGUUUUCCCUUCUCCCAAGGUCUCAGACACGGUUGUGGAACCAUAUAAUGCCACUCUUUCAGUGCAUCAGCUGGUAGAGAAUGCAGAUGAAUGCAUGGUCCUUGAUAACGAAGCUCUUUAUGACAUUUGCUUCAGAACCUUGAAGCUCAGCACUCCUAGCUUUGGUGACCUGAACCAUUUGAUCUCUGCAACCAUGAGUGGAGUAACAUGUUGCCUGAGGUUCCCAGGUCAGCUGAACUCGGACCUGAGAAAACUGGCCGUAAAUCUGAUCCCAUUCCCCCGUCUGCACUUCUUCAUGGUGGGUUUCGCCCCUCUCACCUCCCGUGGCUCCCAGCAGUACAUCUCCCUCACCGUCCCGGAGCUGACCCAGCAGAUGUGGGACGCUAAGAACAUGAUGUGCGCCGCCGACCCCCGCCACGGAGAGGAUUACAACUUGUGA